AUGCUGUGUCACUCAUCCACUCUUGAAUGGAAAGAAAACAAACCUGCUGCCUCACUGCUAAGCCCACUGGGUGUUUCUUCUUUGCCUGGCAAAGGACUUUCCGUGCUGCUCGAUGUUACCUUUUGCUGCUUGCAGGCGCUUCAAUCUCUGUCUUGCCGGGGAGAAUGCUUUCAAGUUGCCGACGACAUGCUUAAGCACCAAAAAACGUUUUGCCAGAACAUCUUCCAUACGUCGAAGAAUGAUGAACAUCAUCAUGCAAACUGCGUUGGCGAAGUGAAGCAUUGCUGGGUCAAUGCUGUGUCACUCGUCCAAUCCAUUUGA